CAAGCGAGACAUCCCCUCAUCACGAUACCGCUGCCAAGGGAAGUUGCAACAGGAUGUAUAUAGUAACUUGGGGCUGACGCCUAGCUCAUAAAAAAAUAAGAUCAAAAAUAAAAUAAUAUAACUAAAAUAAAAAAUAAAAAUAAAAGAGCGGUUGAAAUGAAUGUGGCGCGCAUUGAAGGUAAUCUCAAAUAGCCCGUUUGACCAUUCUUCCGUCGGUGGCCUAUGGCCCCCUCACUUGGGGGGAGUAUCUGCUUCCGUGAUGAUGUUGGCCGACGUUGGAUUCGCGCCGGCCGUCCGGCCCCUGUUUCACGGAAAGCUACGCUGGCUGGGCUGGACAGGUACAUGCAACGAUCGAUUGGCGCAAAGGGCCAGACAUGCUAUGUGCGGAGGCGGAGGCCUGGUUCCGUAGCCGCUCACAGGGUAAGGCGUACCUGGGCGUACAUGGGGAACUUGCUCAUUUGUUUGCUCGCCGGAGCCAAUCGUUCCAACCGUGCCGGUCGAUCGUGGGCUAUCAUGGGCUAUCACUGCUGGAUUGGGGCGUGGUCACGUGCUAUGGAGCCGGUUGAAACAAACAUCCGAACAGCAUGUUUUAUCUUGUCGCCAGCUUGGCCACUUGAUUGGGUCAAGGGGAGUCACGUGAUUUGGAAUCUGUGUAAGGUGGAAGAUCACCCACAACGGCUGUGGACCGCGAUGUGCACCGCAACGUGCAACCAGCGCAGAGGUAUGGGAUGGGUAUGGGAUGGGUAUGGGAUGGGCAUGGGAUGGACAUGGGAUAGGUAUGGGAUAGGUAUCUAUGCAUCCAGGGAGGCCGCUUCGCCCAAUGCAGGGAUGCGGUGAGUCCGCCAUCUUGAUGAAUCUACUCGCAAUAUAAAUUGGAUAAAGACUCCCGUCUGCAGUCUUAGACAGCAACAACCACAACUCCCUCUCCUCCUCCCUACCUACCUACCUACCUAGGUAACAAUACACGCGCGCAAAGGCUGGACCGCAGAUCGCACAAUCAAAUCCAAAAUCAAAGUCACCAUGUUUAAAACAUUCGUUCCUUACUUCCUACAAUGGGUGCUAGCCACCGCCUUGGUUGCCGACGCGGCUGGCCCGCUUAGAUCACUUAGACACACUCCCGGUUACCCUCCUAUCAAGCCCAGAUGUAAGUGUAUCAUCACAGGACUUGCAAUCCGAACUAUUUUUUUAAUUUUUAUUUUUAUUUUUUUUCAUUUUUUGUUCA